AUGACUGAAGAGUCUGUCGUCGAAAACACGGGCAAUGCCCAGGAGAGAAAAGCCCUCCGUCCAUCUUUUGGGAAAUCGUACAUGGACAAAUUCGGAUACUCCAAGAACUUCCAAGCACUGUUGAUGGUAUCGACAGAGGCAUUGAUCUCCUCACAUUGUGAACACUUUUCGAUCGUGACACUCCGCCAGUCCUCGGCUUUCGGCAAGUCCUUCAUUGCCGCAGCAAUCUUUAGCCACACGGAAAACAGCGACAUCUUCAUGUGA